UUGACGGCGCGAGGUGGCUCAGCCGCAAGAUGGCGGCGCUGGCGGAGGAGCAGACGGAGGUGGCGGUCAAGCUAGAGCCUGAGGGACCGCCGACGCUGCUACCUCCGCAGGCUGGCGACGGCGCAGGCGAGGGGAGCGGCGGCACUCCUAACAACGGCCCCAACGGCGGCGGCGGGAAUGUGGCAGUGGCGGCGGCGGCCGGCGGGGACGGCGGGACCCCCAAGCCUGGGGUGGCUGUCUCCGCCGCUGCCCCGGCGGGGGCGGCCCCGGCGCCCGCCGCUCCGGCGGAGGCCGGCGCUCCCCACGACCGACAGACCCUUCUGGCCGUGCUGCAGUUCCUCCGGCAGAGCAACCUCCGCGAGGCCGAAGAGGCGCUGCGCCGGGAGGCCCGGCUGCUGGAGGAGGCGGUGGCGGGCUCCGGAGCUCCAGGAGAGUUGGACGGGGCCGGCGCGGAGGCGGCUAGCGCGCUUCUCAGCCGGGUCACCGCUUCAGUUCCCGGCUCCGCGGCCCCCGACCCUCCGGGGACGGGCGCCUCGGUGACCUCGGUGUUCUCGGGUUCCGCCUCGGGUCCCGCGGCUCCGGGAAAGGUUGCAAGUGUAGCUGUGGAAGAGCAGCCAGACGUGAGUGCUGUCUUGUCGGCCUACAACCAACAAGGAGACCCUACAAUGUAUGAAGAAUACUACAGUGGACUGAAACACUUCAUUGAAUGCUCUCUGGACUGCCAUCGAGCAGAGCUAUCCCAACUCUUUUAUCCUCUGUUUGUACAUAUGUACUUGGAGCUAGUUUAUAAUCAACAUGAAAAUGAAGCAAAAUCAUUCUUUGAGAAGUUCCAUGGAGAUCAGGAAUGUUAUUACCAGGAUGACCUACGAGUAUUAUCUAGUCUUACCAAAAAGGAGCACAUGAAAGGGAAUGAGACCAUGCUGGACUUUCGGACAAGUAAAUUUGUUCUUCGCAUUUCCCGUGACUCGUACCAACUCUUGAAGCGCCAUCUUCAGGAGAAACAGAACAAUCAGAUAUGGAACAUAGUUCAGGAGCACCUCUACAUUGACAUCUUUGAUGGGAUGCCUCGAAGUAAGCAACAGAUAGAUGCCAUGGUGGGAAGCUUGGCAGGAGAGGCGAAGCGAGAAGCAAACAAGUCAAAGGUAUUUUUUGGUUUACUAAAAGAACCAGAAAUUGAGGUGCCUUUGGAUGAUGAGGAUGAAGAAGGAGAAAAUGAAGAAGGAAAACCUAAAAAGAAGAAGCCUAAAAAGGAUAGUAUUGGCUCUAAAAGCAAAAAACAAGAUCCCAAUGCCCCGCCUCAAAACAGAAUCCCUCUUCCUGAGUUGAAAGAUUCAGACAAACUGGACAAAAUAAUGAAUAUGAAAGAAACUACCAAACGAGUGCGCCUCGGGCCAGACUGUUUACCUUCCAUUUGUUUCUAUACAUUCCUUAAUGCUUACCAGGGCCUCACUGCAGUGGAUGUCACUGAUGACUCUAGUCUGAUUGCUGGAGGUUUUGCUGAUUCAACUGUCAGAGUGUGGUCUGUGACCCCUAAAAAGCUCCGUAGUGUCAAACAAGCAUCAGAUCUUAGUCUUAUAGACAAAGAAUCAGAUGAUGUCUUAGAGAGAAUCAUGGAUGAGAAAACUGCAAGUGAGUUGAAGAUUUUGUAUGGUCACAGUGGGCCUGUCUAUGGAGCCAGCUUCAGUCCGGAUAGGAACUACCUACUCUCCUCUUCAGAGGAUGGAACUGUUAGACUCUGGAGCCUUCAGACUUUCACUUGCUUGGUUGGGUAUAAAGGACACAACUACCCAGUAUGGGACACGCAGUUUUCUCCCUACGGAUAUUAUUUCGUGUCAGGAGGCCAUGACCGAGUAGCUCGGCUUUGGGCUACAGAUCACUAUCAGCCUUUAAGGAUAUUUGCUGGCCAUCUUGCUGAUGUGAAUUGCACUAGAUUUCAUCCAAAUUCGAACUAUGUUGCUACGGGCUCUGCAGACAGAACUGUGCGGCUCUGGGAUGUCCUCAAUGGUAACUGCGUAAGAAUCUUCACUGGACACAAGGGACCAAUUCAUUCCUUGACAUUUUCUCCCAAUGGGAGAUUCCUGGCUACAGGAGCAACAGAUGGCAGAGUACUUCUUUGGGAUAUUGGACAUGGCUUGAUGGUUGGAGAAUUAAAAGGCCACACUGAUACAGUGUGUUCACUUAGGUUUAGUAGAGAUGGUGAAAUUUUGGCAUCAGGUUCAAUGGAUAAUACAGUCCGGUUAUGGGACGCCAUCAAAGCAUUUGAAGAUUUAGAGACUGAUGACUUUACUACAGCCACUGGGCAUAUAAAUCUACCUGAGAAUUCCCAGGAGUUAUUAUUGGGUACAUAUAUGACCAAAUCAACACCAGUUGUACACCUACAUUUUACAAGAAGAAACUUGGUUCUAGCUGCAGGAGCUUACAGUCCGCAAUAAACCAACGGUAUUAGAGACCUUUUGGAAGCUACUGUUGGGAAAAGGGAGACUAAAAGCAAAUACCUCAGUGAUUAGUAUUUAAGCUACAAGAAUGUUUUCGUCUUCAUGGAUCUGGAAGUAUGCUGCUUGGAAAAUCUGAACAAGACAGUUCCACGUUUCUAUAGCAACCACAUUUAACUAAUUUCCGUUAGUUGAAUAAGAGGUAUUAUGUUCAUGGAGGGGACAUUUAUGGUGCUUUGGAUUGUGUGGAAACUAUGCAUUUUUUUUUUUUUGUUCAAAUGCUAUUUUAAUUUAUUGUGUUUAGAAAAAAAAAAUCAAUUUGAUUUAAACAAUUCAUUCUGCUUCAAGAUUCAAGUUAAGAAAUAUAGUACCAUCCUGAGUAGCUGAGGAGUUCUAUGAACGUGUGUGUGCUGUAAUGAGGUUAUUGUACGGCACUCAAGCAGCAUGUUCAGUGACCCACUAACAUGCUUCUCUUCACCCACCAUUAGUGGACUGUAUGUAACUGGGUAGGGACCACAGUUCCCAAGUCUAGAUGUACAGCCAUCCACCAACAUCUCAAUUCCUAUCUUGUAAGUUUGGAGUGCAAUCAAACAUUUACAAAACAGGUGAAGAGAUUUAGAUUCCAUACUCUACUUCAGCUAACAUGGCUACAUAUGACCUAGUACACUUGAAGUCAGACAGACAUUUCAGUUGCUUACCUCCAGUACUGAGCCUUGCUUUGGAAAACUAAGAGAUUUAGAUCAAGUCACUGCCAGUUUUUGCCUUUGUUGCAUUUUGUACAGUUUUAUAUUUUUGAUAUCUUGUAAAUAAAGACAACCAGCUUUUCCAGG